UGGUGCUUUUUUUUUGUUUUUCGUGAAUUAUUGUUUGUCAAAUAGGGGAUUUCAUUUAUAAAGUUGUUGUUUUAAUCGUGAAUUCCAUUCAUCGAAGGCGUUUGGUGUACAUUUUAAGUCACUGUUCUGCAAAAAAAUAUAUUUAAAAAAUCGACUAUGCAAAAGCCUGAGACAACAUGUACGACAUGGCUAAGCUGGAGCACUUCCCCCAUGAAAUGCACGGCUACAUUGUUACUAAGCGAAUUAUGGCAGUGUUCGAAUGCGUGAAAACCAUCAAAUGAGUGAAGUUUGCUUACAAUUCCAUGGAUGCUUGUCACUUAGUGGCUCGUGGGCUUUUGGACCCAUUGCAGGUUUUGCAUAAUGACACAUUCAGCGGACGCACUGGAGCCAUUCGCGUUUGAGAGCUAGCAAGCUAACAAGCUACUUUUAUUCCUAAUAAUUGGUAGGAAAUGGGAGACCAUGCACAUCAAACGGUUUGCCGCAAUUUUCUGGACGGAAAAUCCAUAGUUUAAGUAAUGGAAGGUCAUCAUCAUCGCAUGAAACAGCCUGACUGACAGAUUCAUCUUCAUCUUUCAGAUACAACAUUUCCAUAGUCUGUGCCUAAGCUCGGCAGCGCCAUGAAAGGUGGAGGAAGGGGUAAGGAGCCUCCGGUGGAGGUGAGCUGCAAGCGGCCCAAGCGCAAGUGUCUACAAUGGCACCCGCUACUCUCCAAGAAGGCCCUGGACUUUUCGGAGGAGGAAGAGGAGGACGAAGAAGAACUAGAGAAGGAGCCAUUGUUGGUUAGGGAGACCCGGGGGCCGAAGGUGCCAUGCGGGGGGUCCCCGGAGGGGGAAGAGGACUCUUCAGAGCAGCGGGCCCGCCGGCCCAUGAAUGCCUUCCUGCUUUUCUGCAAGCGCCACCGAUCUCUGGUGAGGCAGGAACACCCUCGACUGGACAACCGCGGUGCCACCAAGAUCUUGGCUGAUUGGUGGGCCGUGCUGGAGCCCAAAGAGAAACAGAAGUACACUGACAUGGCCAAAGAGUACAAGGAUGCCUUCAUGAAGGCUAACCCGGGCUACAAGUGGUGCCCUGCCACCAACAAGCCAGUCAAGAGCCCCUGCCACACUGUCAGCAACACCCGCAAUAAAGUGUGGUCCUUCCCUUCCAACUCCCCUAAGGGCUGUGCCACUGCCAAGAAACUGCACAAGACUGACAGCACACCACAGCUUAAUUUCGCCAUGGCAGAUCCCACGAAGAUGGGUGGCCUAAGCAUGCUACUGUUGGCUGGGGAGCAUGCCCUUACUGCCAGAGAGAUUUCCUCCAGCUCAUCACAAUCUGGAGCCACAAAUGUCACUAAGUACCCUGAUAAAUCCUCCCUAUUCCAACUUGCUGAGAUCUCUUCCAGCACGCGUCAGACGAGUUUAAUGGACACAGCUGGCAAAGGGAAGCCCUUGAGUUGGGGGGACCAGGCUGAAAUGUGGUCUGGAACCUCACAGCAGGGAAAGCCUGACGUACCCACUGCCAAUGUCAAGUCCCCUCUUUUUCAACUGGCAGAGCAGAUCUCUGAUUCGAGCCAGUCGACUGCACCAGAGGGAAAGCAGUGUGGCCAGUCCGCUCUCUUCCAGCUUGCUGAGAUGUGCUUGGCCUCCGAGGCAGGGAAGAUGGAGACACAGGACCAUACCUGCACCCCACACAUCAAAACUGAGAGUGUGGUAGAGGAGGCUGGGGACAACACCCCUGAUCUUCCUCUCUCCUUUCCCCCGUCUUCCUCCAUGCCGACCGAUGCUAGUCUCCUGCUGCUCAGAGGCCAAGCAGCCAUAAUCAAAAGGAAGAAAGACGCCAGCACCAGAGAGCCGCCCAAAGUGGUGGACAAAGACAAGAGCCAUGGUCCCGGCUCACCCAAAAAGACCCUCAAGAAGCGACCUUCAUCCGAGUCGGAGUUGGAGAGCCUCUUCUACACUAUUGAAGCCGUGGCUAAAGGGGCCUGGGGCGAUGCCGAGGAGGAUAUGCCCAAGAAGAAGGCUCGCACCGCUGCCGUUACCAUUCUGGUAGAGUCCAGCUCACCCAAAAAGAGGGCCAAGCCCAAAGCCAAGAGGCCCCUGAAGGCUAAGGAAGAUGAGAGAAAUGUGAAGGACAAAGAGGACGACGGAUGCACAGAGCUUCCAUUGACAGUGGAGACUGUGGUGAAUCCAGCAAGCCCCAAGAUAGAGGCAAAGGAGGCCAAUAUUAGCAGCAGCAUGGAGGAGCCCAUCUCCCCUCCCAGCCCCCCGCACAUCAAGCACAAAGUCGGGGAGAGGGAACUGGAGGCCAACGCAGAGGGGUGUGGCUCCAGAAAGUCUGAGAGAAGCUGCAAGGGGGCGCUGUACAAGACCCUGGUGUCGGAAGGGAUGCUGACCUCACUGAGGGCCAACGUGGACAGAGGCAAAAGAGGUUCUUUUCGAAGUGCAUCUGAUGAAGGAGGCUGGACUGACGAGAACUGGGCUUUCUCACAGAUGGGACCCAGUCAUUUCAAGAAGCUUAAGAAGUCCAAAUCCAAAGACGAGACCGCGCCAGGUUUGGGGAAACUAGAGGAGGAGUUUGAGAAGAAGUUCAACAGCCUGCCGCAGUACAGCCCUCUGACAUUCGACAAAAAGAGCACCGUCGUCACCAAGAAGAAAACUGACAUUAGCACCACACCGGAGGAACAACCCCCGAAACCUGCCAAGGGUCCAUCUCCAUCUCAGAAAAAUACUUUAUUCCACAAGAUUGUUAGCAAUUACAAGGAGAAAAAGAAGCCCAAUACUUUGGAUAAAGACAUAGCGAUGCGUAGUGACUCCCCCAUGUUAGACUCGGCUGCCAAGGCCACCAAGGCAAAGCCGAGCCCAGCCCCCUGUGCCACCGCCACGCUGAACCCAGAAGCCAUGGGAACUAGCCCUAGCGUGCCAGUGGGCAGCCAGAAAAGGAAGGCCAGGAAGAGCAAGAUCACCCACUUGGUGCGCUCGGCCGACGGCAGGGUAUCCCCAGCCGAAGAGGACAAAGCCAGGGACCUGACCCUGGAGCAGGAUGACAAGCCAUUAUCCCAAGAUACUUUAUGCAAUGAAACAGGGUGUUACAACGCAUCCAAGCAAGAGGAAGCGGACAGGAGCAGUGCACCUGAAGACCUGCCUGCCUUCUUUAGCCUGGCUGCCCUUGCAGAGGUGGCAGCCAUGGAGAACAUUCACAGAGGCCAGCAUGUGAUUGGUGACAGCCAGAAGAAAAACAUGGCCAAGGCCCCAUUGCACAUCUCCUGCGCUGACCAAUGAAGUGGAGGAGCCUCUUGCCUCCGGCAAAACAAAAUAGAUGCUUGCUUGUUCGUUUAAACUUUUUAACCUCCAACUCCUCAUCCUGUCCUGGAAGGAAGGAAAGAGACGGAAUGUGACUCGUUGAUGGACCCCUAUGUGGUGAAACUAGUUCUAGAGCUCUGGUCUGAGGGGGAAAGAGUGGGUGAACUGACCUUCUCAGUGCUCUCCUGAACACUUCCCUUGGCAGUAGGAGGUCAUAUCGCCCCUCAUUCCCAGACACUCCUGCCUAGAGGACCCUGUGGAAGAGGAAGACCAGUCCCUGAGAGCAUGGCUUCCUUCUCCGUUAGAGGUAGUUGUGUUAACGUGUAACCUUUGUCUGAUAUUACGCCAUUUUAAAGGUCAAGUUUUGCUAACAAAAAUUGCAUUUAAAAAAAGAAAGGAAAUUUACACACGUAUGAUAACAUCUUCCAUUUCAACCACACUGUUUCGCAAAGAUUCCACCUAGCAUACCUCGACGUAGGAUGAGUCAGAUAUUGUGUUUUCCCGCACUCCAUCAUGCUUGAACUAACACAGCCUGAGUAGAUAGUCCUCAUGACUGAAAGGGUUCCAAGAUACACAGACCUUACUUGUGUACCUUAAUUUUAAUUUGACUAUUUAGUGUGGUCUAUAGAUACAGCAGACCUCUUAACCUUCCAGACCAUUAGCUUUUAAGCCAUGUAGCAGACACUCUUAUCCAGAGCAAUUGGGAUUAAGUGCCUUCCUCAAGGGCACAUCGAUUUUUCACCUAGUCGUCUUGGGGAUUUGAACCAGCAACCUUUCGGUUACUGGCCCAAAGCUCUUAACUGCUAGGCUACAUGCCGCCCAUGCAUGUUGUAACCACUGUCAACCAUUAAUAUGCCAUCGUCAUGUAUUCAAUGCUGAUCUAUCCCUAGCUUUCAUGCCAGCUUAGCAACUGCUACUACGGUGGUCAGUUUGAACUCAACAGAUUGAGGCUAUUGCAUUUAAACUUAAGCUUGCGUUUAAGUUUAGAUGGGAGGCCUUGGGUUAGCAUAUUUUCAGUCUUAAUCUGCAUGUUUACCUGGUGUUCAACCCUCUACAGUGGGGCUCAAUGUGAUGACAAGCAAAGUUACUAACAGAAUGAAUGGUUCUCCAUGGCCUUAACUCUCUCAUCGCGACCCUAACCAUACCACAACCACAACCUCUGCUCUUUAUUUCUGACGACCAUCCCAUCCACUACGCAACCAUUCACACAAUUCUUACAUCCGUUUGAAUAUACUUGAAUGAUGAAAAUGCAUUUUGUGUCAAUACUUGAUCUUAUUGCAGUCUGCGUAGCAUCUUCAAGGCUAAUCCAAAUGUGUGCUACUAGUUUCCUAAGAGUUUUUUAACAGACGCUGCACAAAUUUUAGGAGUAGGAGACGCUUUUAAGAUGUAACUUUUUCUUAGUAGGGUGAUGUGUUUUCCCUCGUUUUCUUUUUCCUAUUGGCCUUUUGAUAUUUUCUUAUGCCAAGUAAUGGUCCACUCUUAGGCAAUCAGAAUAAUCAAGGUUUUGCUUUUGAACGUAUUUCAAUAACAAGACAAUGGUCAUUGCUUUUAACGCAUUGUUUUAAAAAAAAUGUUUUAUUGCAUGUUCUAACUGAGGUAGAACAGGCUAGCAUCCAUUCCAUAUCCAGAUAGCAGACCCUUGUGUCCGUUCUUCUGUUUACAGUGUGUGAGCUGUAGUGGGGGACUCUUGACGUAUGCUCUGGGUGUAAGCUAAUCAGAAGGAGAAAGUAGUGUAUGACGAACUCACAUUGCAAGUCCCCACCGACAUGUCCUCCAUGAACUUACCAUAUUAUUAUUACUCUUUUGUUUCCAAGUUGACCAAUGCUCCUUUUCUUAGGUUGUGCAGUAAAUCACAUUUCUCUCCUUGUCUUUUUCUCUUCGAGUUUCUCUUAUUACAUUGGAGCCUUCUCCUUCACUUAAGAGUUGUGCGCAUUAUGAUGCUGUUGAACUAGAUUUUGUAUUUCUCCUUUAUCUUGUGUUCCCAACCUCCGUGGUCUUUCCUGAGGCCUAGUUAACUGGAUUAAGACUGUUGUGAAAAAUCUCAUACACAAAGUGAUGCAUCUAUGCUUAAUGUACCCGUUAAACGAAUGUGCACUGAGAUGAGGUGCACUACUUCUAGAAAGGUAGUUUUCACCUUUUUGAGUUAGUAUUCUUAAAGCAACUGCAUUGCCAUUUCUGGGCUAUGUCUGAAUGAUGUGUGCUGUCGGCACAGCAUGAACUUUAGAGGCUCGACCCUCUUAUUGUCAAUGGAGGUAUUUAGUCUUGGCUAAGAGAUUAUAAUGCCACAAAGUAGAAUACAUUUAAAAUAUAUUGAAUAAAUCCCUCCAGGAUUGGGCUGACUUGUAGAGGGAUAUGCGCAAUGCUGACUCUCUUCGCUGUAUUUGUUAAUUCAUCCCUAAAAGCUGACAAACGGACUGUGAACGAGCAGACCUAAAACAUGACUUUUGAGCUCAAAAGAAACUUCAACAAACUUUGGAGGGAAAAAAAGUGAGACUUUUCAGUUUUGAGAGAAUAAAUUCAAGGCUGACUAAAAUCGUCCAAGCAGUAAACUACGCAUAGUUAUUCCACUGAUGGACAUCAGUGGUGUUAUUUCACAGAAAUUAAGACAUUGCCUUCCCCAAAAAGAGCAGAGAUGUACAUGAUUAUAACAAGUGGUUUUCAUACAUUUGCCAAAGAAAGGAGAAAGUUGUCUUUCAAUGACAAUUCUAUUGAAAACUAAGGUUAGCAUUACAGUUGCACUGCAUUUUCAUGGUGUAUAGAUUUUCAGGUAACAAAUGUAUUAUAUCAGCACAACUAAUCCUAUAUAUCUCAUGGGUUUCCUAAGACUUAAACCCCACGUGGGAAUGGUGUACACUGUACUGAUACCUUUCAAUGCCUCUUUUUAAUAGACAAUAUUUGCACCUUAUGACCCAAACCAAAAUGAUAUCAUGAUGAUCUUAAGAUUUUAAUUUAUCCCCCAUUUCACAUAAUUCUCUUAAGAGUGUUUAGCCUUCCCCCAUAUCAUGAGGUAAAUGUAAACGAUUACACAGGUAUUCAUGUCUAUCUUAUGAAAUUAUGCAGUGAAGUAUUCUUUAACUAAGUUGAAAACAAACCCCUUCAAAAUCAGCCAUUAUGUAUCACCCUCAGCCUUUUCUAACUAGUAUUUUAUUAGGAUUCCCAUUAGCUACUGCUAAAGCAGCACCUACUCUUCCUGGGGUCCACAUCUAGAAGAUGCCUCUAUACAAUUCCUAUAUGAUUAGUUAUCAAAAUAAAUAUAGACGAUACCCCUUUGUGCUGGUACUGUCUCCUGAAUGUAAUCGAUUUUGUACCUGUAUUUUUAUAAUUCCAAUUCAAGUCUUGACUCUACUGUGUAUGUAUGUGAUGGUGGACUGUUUUCACAGGUGAAUAAUUUGUUUCAACCUAUGGGCCUCAUGACGAGUCAGCUGCUGUGCUGUGAACUCUGUGGAGGUGUAAUCAACCAUGUAUAUAAACCCUGGAUUGUUGAUGUUAUGGAUUGGCCAAUGAGAGGUUUUGAAGCCACCAGUCAGCCAUAUUGGCACUCCUCAGAAAAGCAUUACUCCAUAGGAAUUAAUGGAAUUCUACAAUAUUUAAAGGACACAAU